UCUACACCUUACACUUGGUCCCGUGGCGCCUAUCAGUGUUUAUGCAAGCGUGGCUAUUACUCGGUACGUCAUCCGGAUGGUUUUAAUGGAACUAUAAUGGAAAUAGCCUGGAAGGAACAUCAGGAUAACAUUAGCAAUUAUUAUGCAGAUGUGUUUACGUGCUUAAAAUGCGCUCCAGGUUGUGAUGCCUGUAGCGGUCCGGAACCCUGUUUAGCCGAUUACAACUGGCCGUUUAGAAUAUCGCUGCUAACCAUAUCGAUAGGCUGUGCGAUUGGUACGAUUUUAUUAGCCGGCUAUCUUUUUCAUCAUCGCAAAGUUAAAGUAUUCAAAGUAGCCAGUCCUAUAUUUUUAUUAAUCACUUUGAUUGGUUGCGCGAUCAUGUACUUGGAGAUGGUAGCAAUUUUUCCGUUUUUGGAUACAAGCUGGUGUAUAGUGACCAAGUGGACACGUCACAUGGGCUUUUGCAUAACCUACACAUCAUUGCUAAUGAAAACUUGGCGUGUAUCUUUAACGUAUCGGGUUAAGUCAGCUCAUAAAGUUAAGCUUACUGAUCAGCAGUUGCUGCAAUGGAUGGUGCCCAUAUUAUUGGUAAUGCUUAUUUACUUGGGUACAUGGACAAUAUCCGACACUCCCUUUGCCGAAUUUAUACACGAUCAGAAUGGUUUAAAAUUUAGACAAUGUUCUUACAAUUGGUGGGAUCAUAGUUUGGCUAUCGGUGAGGUAUUUUUUCUGGCCUGGGGCAUACGAGUCUGUUAUAAUGUCCGCAAUGCUGAAUCGUUAUACAAUGAAGCCCGCUUAAUAUCUUAUGCAAUAUAUAAUAUAGCGAUUGUUAAUAUAACAAUGGCAAUUAUACAUCUCUUCAUAUUUCCGGAAGCUGGACCUGAUAUUAAAUAUACUUUAGGUUUUGUACGAACCCAAUUGUCGACAACCACUACCAUAGCUUUAGUAUUUGGGCCAAAAAUUUCGCGAGUCUUUAAAGGUCAAGGAGACAAGUGGGAUCAAAAGGCUAAGGUGCGCAGUAUAACGGCCUCAUUUUCAUUAAAUGGCGUUGGCCUAGUGCCCGAAGAAUCUCCCGAUCUCUAUCAAGAAAAUGAAGAGUUAAAGGAGCAAAUUCAAAAAUUGGCUCAUCAAAUUGAAUUCAUGAAGACUGUGCAUAUGCAGAUCAAUAAUAGACAUUUAAAACCUAAGCCGGGCGGUUAUUUUACAAUAACCUCAACUUCUUUCCAAGCACCGUUUAGUAAAAGUAACAUGUCUUCAACGCAAACACAAACUUCCAAAACUGAGGAAACCCUUAGCGGUUCCGCCUCUAAAGG